AUGACCUGCCCUGCUCAUUCAUACUACCUGCACCUCUCACACCAACCAAUAGUGGAUGAUGAAUUCCCUCCUCUCAGCAGCCAGUUGAAGGAUAGCCAACCUAUCGACACGUUUGGUUUCCUAAAAUCCCAACUGCCCAGUGAUUCUGCUGGCCGUGCAGGCACACCUACCCUUCCGCCAGGUCUUCCUUUGCCCCACUCUCACCCGGCAUCUGCUAUUUUCCAAGAACAAAGGGACUCAUCUAAACCGUCGUCCCCGGCCCCUAUCGUGCCUCCUGGACUGGGGGCCACUCCAUCUCACUCUCGUCCAAUAAGCCCUGAGCUUGGCAUGCGCACAGGGAACUCAUCGGUACGCACCAAAGAUGCAUCUCAGAUCUCUCUGGGGUCACCCAUCGCGAAACCGAUUCGUAAGCCUCGAAUCAAUACCAAAAUAGACGUUCCAGCCUCUAGCGAUGAUAAGGAGACUGGUGGAUUGGAUAGUCCGCAUGUGGGCGCAAAGGCAAGCCCAGCCAGCGUGAGCGUGCCAUUGUCAUCGCAAGAGACCUCUUCUGUGCAUUCUGAGCGUGCCCUAUCUGGGACGUUUACAUCUGCGUUUACAGCUCGACCUGGCUCAGUCUCUGCUGUCUCUGCUAUCGGUUCACGCCCUAACACACCUUUGACAACAACCUCUCGGGUUUCUGAUUCUUCUGCCCCUCGCCAAACACGCAUCCUCCGUGUCGUUGAUACCCCGAAAUCUGAAGCAUCUCGUCAAAUUGGACCAGCAUCAGUUGCCGGCACAGGCAAGUUGGGGUCUCCGAGACACAGUGUCUCUUCUAUCAGUAGACCAGAUACUCCUGGUGAUUUCGGCUCCGAGGCAGAUCUUUAUCCCUCCGGCUCUGUAUCUCGUUCAAACUCCCCUCCUGCCUCCAAUCGCAUUGGCUCUGCUCCGAUCCGCGCGGUCACCAAGAGUCAGGCCAAGAAAGAACGGAGACAGAAAGCGAAGGAAGCGGAGGCCAAAAAAGUCGAAACUACUUCUGUGACUGAAGAGCCUGUUCAAGCCCCAAUCAUGGGCAGAAAGCGCAAGACCAAGAAGGCACCCGCCACUGCCCUUGAACCUGGUGAUGUUGCACCGAUCCUUGCUGAGACCGCAAGCCCUGUCAAAAGUCGUGCUGAAUCGCCCAAAAAGGCGGAACCCAAAAAGGUGGAACCCAAAGCUGAACCUCUCAAGAAAGUAAAGGCCAAGGAGCCAGUGGUGGAAGAGAUUAAGGCACCCUCUGAGGCGCCUUCUGUAGUAGAGGAGCCCCUUGAGCCCAAGACCCCUCCUGAGGCUUGGCGCUCUCACAACACCAUCGGGCAGCUGCUCAAAGAUGUUGAGGAGACUAACUGUUUGAUCAAAGACUUGUUUAUGGAACGCACCAAGCCUCUGCAUGUCCUGCUUGCCGAGAUGCACCGAGACGGGGAACUUGAUCUUAACAAGAGCUCUCUGUUCAAUCCUGCCAACCUCAGCCAACGCAUUGACAUGAAGUGCACUGCUGAUGACUACGAGGACUUGAAGCAACCUACUGAACUUGGGGAAGAACAUCGAAAGACCCUCCUUCGUGGCGAGCCCGUCCGAGUGGGUACUCAGGCCCUCAAGAACCGGUGUCUUAUCACCCCUCGGGGUUGCGUGCUUCGACACCUCGAACCUGAAGAGGAAGAGCGAUAUCUUCAACUGGAGAAGAGUCGCAAUGGAGUCAUUGAUCCGUUCGUGGUCGGCGACGACUCGAGCAACAUUAAUGGUGGCCUUGAGGCACUCUUCGUGAACCCAGAAAAGUACAACCUUUUCUGGGUAGACGACGCUAUGGCCCAGAUGGGAUCCUCAUCUCCCGUCCUAGAGCCCACCGAUGCCAUAAUUCCGCCCAAUGUUCUUUCUGCGAUGGAGGCAGAUAGUACCCGCAGUCACGACUGGGCCGUCGCCCACUCUGCCGAGCUUCUCCAGACUACCACGGCCGCCGUACGCUCCUUCGCGGCCGCUACCGCCAAACAGCUGCUCGGCUCCGCUACCAUCCCUGGCAGCAAUCCCACUCUCGACGACGUCGCGGCGAUGACGGAUGAGGAGCUGAAGAGUCUUUCCGGCAAGUCGCAAAAAGACCUGGAAACUACACGCAAGGAAAUGGACUUGCUGGACAAGAAGUUCACUGGUCUUCUUCGCCGCAAUAAGAAGCUCCAACAGCAGGCUUUGUCUCUCGCCGAGUCUGCGAACUAA